AUGACGAGAAUUCUACCCAAAGGGAUCUAUACACCUCUCCCGACUUUCUUUCAGGAUGGAAGUGAAGAUUUGGAUCUCCAGGCGUUCAAGAAACAUAUCCAAUCAGCUGCCGGAACAUUUCCUGUAAUAUCAGGAACCAUGGGGGAAGCGCCUCAUCUCAGCGCCUUGGAACGUACGUCCCUGAUAGUCGCCGGUCGCGCGGCCCUCGACGAAAUCAACUUGAACACGGUCCCCAUUGUUGCAGGAAUUGGCGCAGCCAGCACUCGCGAGUCAAUCCAACUAGCUAAAGAUGCAGCAGCAGCAGGUGCAGACUUUGCGAUUGCUAUACCGCCGGGAUACUAUGCCGGCCCUUUAAUUGCAGAAAACAUGGCGGCCCUGAGAACUUACUUUCUUGAUAUUUCUGAAGCGUCUCCCAUUCCAGUAAUGAUGUAUAACUUCCCCGGUGUCUCGGGAGGUAUCGACAUGGACAGCGAUUUUAUCAUCGAUAUCGCAAAGUCAGCACCCAAUAUCUGCGGUGUGAAGCUCACGUGUGGAGCCGUUGGAAAACUCACCCGGAUAACAGCUUCGGUGAACGAGCCUUCGUUUCAGAAGCAAUAUCCAAGAAAGGUCGAGACAGCCCCGUUCUUGGUAAUCGAUGGGUUUAUUGACUUUCUUCUGCCUUCGAUGGCUUCUGGAUCUUCUGGCGCCAUUACUGGACUUGCGAAUUUUGCUCCGAGAACAUGCGUAAAGCUUUGGGAAUUGUGUCAAGCAGCGCCAGGAACAGGAUCAUAUGUUGAGGCACAGAAAGUGCAAAACUUAAUUGCGAAUGCUGAUGGUGUUGCAAUCAAGAUUGGUAUUGCGGGGAUGAAAAUGUUGCUCAACCGUUUGUUUGGCUACGAGAACAAGCCCAGGCGCCCGCUGAUGCCGAUGUCUGUAGAGAAAGGAGAUGCGGUAAUGGCGCAUAAGUUGGUGAGAGAACUGAUAGUGUUUGAGGUUGAGCUAGAAGCCAAAGUAAAACAAUAG